AUGGAUACACUACUAAGACAUGGGAGGAAGACAGAGAUUGAACACGAAAUCGUUCAUGAAUUAUCUCAAAUGUUGGAUCAGCAUAAUAAUUUGGUCAAAUCCUUUAGAAUGGCAAGGGAUAGAUUCAAAGCACAACCAGAAUCUACGUUUCGUUUACGCCUCCUAAGUAGCAGGACAACAGAUGGUCAUCAAUACAAUAUGCCAACAUCAUCUGAAGUAGCAGGCUUAAUAGUUGGUGAUUUUAGUGAAGCGAACUUCGAACGUGACGUUAUUGUGGAGCACCGAACUAAAGGAAUUCAGAGAAUCACAGAUCUGCAUCCAAGUUUCAUGUUUAUGACGUACCCAUUAAUACACCCUUAUGGUGAAGAUGGAUAUAGACUUGGCAUACCUUUGAGAGACGUAACUGAAAGCUCUUUUAAAAGGCAAAAGUUGACAAUGAGGCAACAUUAUUGCUUUAGGUUGCAGCAAAGAUUAAAUGAGGGUCAUAAUCUUCUUCGAUCUGGUAGACUACUGCAACAAUAUAUAGUUGAUUCUUACAUGGCAAUUGAAGAAGAAAGAUUUCGAUAUCCUGAUUUAUUUCUUACUUUCAUUUGCAACCCAAAGUGGCCAGAAAUAAAUGAUAUGAUCCAUUUAAUAGGCCAAAAAGAUGAUAACAAUAGGGUCGAUAUCAUAUGCAGAGUAUUUGAGAUAAAGCUAUUCCAACUAAUGCACGAUCUGAAAAAAGAACAACCGUUUGGAAAGAUAAUUGCAUGUAUAUACACAAUUGAGUUCCAAAAAAGAGGACUGCCUCAUGCACACAUACUACUUUUCUUGCAUUCGACAUUGAAAAAUCCUUCAGCAGACCAUAUUGAUAAUAUAAUAAGCGCGGAAAUCCCGAACUUAAAUGUUGAUCUUGAUGGUUAUAAUGCCGUCAAUAAAUUUAUGAUUCAUGGACCUUGUGGAAAACUUAAUUCAAACUCUCCAUGUAUGAUGCAAGAUAGGUGCACAAAACAUUUUCCAAAAAAAUUCAAUGAUCAAACCACCAUCGACACAGAUGGCUUUCCAGUCUACAAAAGGAAAAAUACAGGUAUUCAUGUCGAAAAGAAAGGUGUCCUUUUAGAUAAUCGAUAUGUAGUCCCUUAUCACAGGAAUUUGGUUGUCAAAUUUGAUGCACAUAUUAAUGUCGAGGUUUGCAAUUACUCUAGAUCAGUCAAAUACCUUUUCAAAUAUGUUCAUAAAGGGUCUGACAGAACUACUGCAACAAUGGAAUUUAUUGACACCGCCAAAGAAAUAGAUGAGAUAAAAACAUAUUUGGAUUGCAGAUAUAUCUCGGCAACUAAAGCUUGCUGGAGAAUAUUCCAAUUUGACAUACAUUACAGACAGCCAGCAGUUGAAAGAUUACCAUUCCAUUUACCUGGAGAGCACACAGUAAUAUUCGAAGAAAACAAAUGUGUUGAAAAUGUUGUUUGCAUGCCUGGAAUAGAAAAAACAAAGUUCACUCAAUGGUUGGAGGCAAACAAGAAUUAUGAUGAUGCACGGGAGCUAACUUAUUCGGAUUUCCCUAUAAGUUGGGUUUCUAAUGCAUCACAACUUUGGAAAUCUAAUUAUAUUGCAUUGUCAGAAGACAUAACUUCAUUGCAAAGGAAGAGAUUUAGAAUGAAUGAUCUUAAGUUAACUGAACAACAAGUUGAAGCAUACACAUUGUUCGAGAUUGAAAGUAUCAUGCUGAAGAUGGGAAAAAGUUUGAAAGAUAUAGAUGGAAUGCCCCUGCCUAAUCCAUCUUUGAUAAGAGACUCGGGUAAUAGAUUGGUUAAUGAAGAGCUUGAUUAUAACCGAAAUCAAUUAAAGAUAUUGCAUGAGAAAUCAUUUGCUGCUCUAAAUCCUUGCCAAAAAUCAGCUUAUAAAGCAAUAGUACAUUCAGUAGAGAAUGAACAAGUCUUGCCUGUAGCAACUUCAGGCAUAGCUGCUUUGUUAUUGCCUAAUGGUAGGACAGCUCAUUCACGAUUUCAUAUUCCCUUGAAUGUUACAGCAGAGUCGACUUGUGAAAUUCGACAAGGCACCCUGCUAGCUGGACUUCUUAUGAAAACUUCUUUGAUCAUUUGGGAUGAAGCACCUAUGGCAAAUAAGUUCUGCUUUGAAGCUUUGGAUAAGACCUUAAGAGAUAUUCUAAGAACAAGGUUUGAAAAUAGCUCUAACAAACCUUUUGGAGGACUUACAAUAGUGUGUGGUGGUGAUUUCCGACAAAUAUUACCAGUUGUCCCAAAAGGUACAAGAGCUGAUAUUGUUGAUGCUUCUCUUAACUCGUCAUAUUUGUGGCCAUUUUUCAAAAUAUAUGAACUCAACCAAAAUAUGAGGCUAUAUAAUGGAAACUUGACUGGUUUUGAGGCUGCUAAAAUAGCUUCUUUUGACAAAUGGAUGUUGCAGAUUGGAGAUGGUUCAUUAUAUGAUGACAUUGAUAGACAAUUAAUUAAGCUUCCUUCUGAUAUCGCCAUAAAUCCAUCUCAAGAUCCAAUGAAAUCCAUAAUUAAAGUUAUCUACCCAUCACUUUUACAAAAGUACAACGAUCCUACAUAUUUGACAGAAAGAGCAAUAUUAACACCAAAAAAUGAAAUGGUCUAUGAACUAAAUGAGAUGAUUAUGAAUAUUAUACCAGGUGAAGGGAGAACAUAUUUUAGCUCAGACAGUAUAUGCAAAGCAAGUGUAAAGACAAAUGAUGAAGAUCUUUUGUAUCCAGCUGAAUUUUUGCAUGGUUUGAAAUUUAAUGACAUCCCUAAUCAUGAGAUGCGACUUAAGGAAGGUGCUCCUGUAAUGCUCCUUAGAAAUCUAAAUCAAACAGAAGGCCUAUGUAAUGGCACAAGAUUGAUUAUCAGGCAUCUUGGUAAAUGGUCCAUUAGAGGCGACAUCAUUUCUGGAACAAAUAUUGGUGAAAAUGUCACAAUUCCAAGAAUUAUCAUGUCUCCCAAUGAAUCAAGAUGGCCAUUCAAGCUUAACAGACGACAACUUCCCUUGGCACCAUGUUUUGCCAUGACAAUCAACAAAAGCCAAGGACAAUCUCUUAAACAUGUUGGCUUGUACCUCCCUAAGCAAGUAUUCACCCAUGGUCAAUUAUAUGUUGCUGUGUCCCGAGUUACCACCAGAGAAGGAUUGAUCAUACUAAAUGCUGAUGAUGAGGUGGGAGACCCAACCUUAAUAAAAAAUAUUGUUUACAAAGAAGUAUUUCAAAAUACCCACUCAUAA